UCUCAGGCAAUGGCUGACAGCGGAGUGUGAAGACUGGAUGCUGAUUGUGUGCAGAUAGCAGGGAGCCGAUCCCAGCAAACACGUGUCUUGUGUCCCGGACUUGCAUGACAGCACGCUGGUCAUCUGCAGUCGCUGCACAUGGCGUAGUGUAGACUGAUGGACCACGUGCAUGCAUUUUGGUUUUCUACAACUGAGAGCCUGGUGGGAGCAUUUUAGAUUUUAUCUUGAGAUCUUAGCCUGGCAGAUUUUACAGACUGUGUGUGUGUGCUAUGCCUGUUGUAUACAAUAUUUAAAUCUUUUCAAAAGUGCCAGAAUGUUUUUUUUUUUUUUAAAAGCAGUUUUAAACUAAGAUUUAUAAAACUUAUUGUUAGAUUUUGUUAAACAGUGUUUUUUUCACAAAUUGAUUUAUUUACUUACCGUUCAUUCAUUGGCUAAUGAUGCGCUUACGCAUAAGAAUACCAAGAAAGGGCCUUGCAUCCAAUGAUAUACCAGACUUGCAUGCUAGUGGUGCUUGUGUGCAAAAGAAAAAAUGUACACUGCCAUUGCUUGAACAGAUAAGCGGGGGGGAGUCGGGUAGCUUGAGCAAAGCUAAUGGAGAGGCUAAGAGACAAAUCGGUACGUCCAAGCUUGUGGAAAGUGUACCAAAAGUAAGAGAGGGAAAUCAAAGAAAAUGUAUUGCAUGUUUGGUAAGCAGUGGGAGUGACAAAAAAUGUGGGCAAGGAGAAAAAAAAGUAAGAAAGGCAAGGAUUUUAGAUCAAUCAAUCCAUACGUCAGGUAGUGAGCAAAACUCAGUGCAAAGGGCGCAUAUUUAUUGCACUCAGCGAUGUGAGGACACUAGGAUAGAUGAUAGCCAGAAAAAAGAAACAAGAAGGGUUUCUCUCAGACCUAGAAAGCAGAAGGUUUCUGACCCAGCGGUUCUAAGUGGAAAUGUGAAGCCCACUGGUUCUUGCAAACCAGUGCAAUACAAAAGGAAGAGAGAUGGAAUGCAGUUACCUAAAUCAAGAGAAAGACCAGAAACACUGAACAGAAAGACGUCUGGGAAGCUGGAGGCAAAUGGUGAUACUCUUCCUACUGUAUCAAUGCAGAAGACCGGGAGUAGUAGUAUUGAACAUAAACCAGAGAAAAAGAGAGGGCGAAAACCAGCUAUGCCAAAUAAAAAGAUGCCAGAGAAGCUGGCUGCACAGGAGGUAGAGCCUAGAAGAGAUGGGAUGCAAUUACCUAAACUGAAAGGAAGAAGACCAAAAACAGAUAAUAGAAAGACAGAGGUGAAGCUGGAGGCACAUAGUGAUACUCUUUCUACUGUAUCAAUGCAGAAGACCGGGAGUAGUAGUAGCAUUGAAAAAUCUGAGAAGGAGCGAAAACCAGGGACGCUGAAAAAAAAGAUGCCAGAGAAGCCGACUGAGCAGGAGGUAGAGCCUAAGAGAGAUGAGGUGCAAUUACCUAAACUGAGAGGAAGAAGACCAGGAACCCAUAAUAGGAAGACCCUGAUGAAGCUGAAGACACAUAGUGAUACUCUUCCUACUGUAUCAAUGCAGAAGACCGGGAGUAGUACUAUUGAAAAUAAACCAGAGAAAAAGAGAGGGCGAAAACCAGCUAUGCCAAAUAAAAAGAUGCCAGAGAAGCUGGCUGCGCAUGAGGUAGAGCCUAGGAGAGAUGGUAUGCAAUUACCUAAACUGAAAGGCAGAAGACCAGAAACACGGAAUAGAAAGACACUGGUGAACCUGAAGACACAUGGUGAUACUCUUUCAACUGUAUCAAAGCAGAAGACCGGGAGUAUUAGUAGCAUUGAAAAUAAAUCGGAGAAGGAGCGAAAACCAGGGACGCUGAAAAGAAAGAUGCCAGAGAAGCCGACUGAGCAGGAGGUAGAGCCUAAGAGAGAUGAGGUGCAAUUACCUAAACCGAGUAAAAGAAGACCAGGAACCCAUAGUGGGAAGACACUGGUGAAGCUGAAGACACAUAGUGAUACUCUUCCUACUGUAUCAAUGCAGAAGACUGAGAGUAGUAGUAUUGAAAAUAAACCAGAGAAAAAGAGAGGGCGAAAACCAGCUAUGCCAAAUAAAAAGAUGCCAGAGAAGCUGGCUGUGCAGGAGGUAGAGCCUAGAAGAGAUGGGAUGCAAUUACCUAAACUGAAAGGAAGAAGACCAGAAACACGGAAUAGAAAGACACCGGUGAAGCUGAAGACACAUGGUGAUACUCUUUCAACUGUAUUAAUGCAGAAGACCGGGAGUAGUAGUAGCAUUGAAAAUAAAUCGGAGAAGGAGCGAAAACCAGGGACGCUGAAAAGAAAGAUGCCAGAGAAGCUGACUAAGGAGGAGGUAGAGCCUAAGAGAGAUGAGGUGCAAUUACCUAAACUGAGAGGAAGAAGACCAGGAACGCUUAAUAGGAAGACACUGGUGAAGCUGAAGACACAUAGUGAUACUCUUCCUACUGUAUCAAUGCAGAAGACCGGGAGUAGUAGUAUUGAAAAUAAACCAGAGAAAAAGAGAGGGCGAAAACCAGCUAUGCCAAAUAAAAAGAUGCCAGAGAAGCUGGCUGUGCAGGAGGUAGAGCCUAGAAGAGAUGGGAUGCAAUUACCUAAACUGAAAGGAAGAAGACCAGAAACACGGAAUAGAAAGACAUCGGUGAAGCUGAAGACACAUGGUGAUACUCUUUCAACUGUAUCAAUGCAGAAGACCGGGAGUAGUAGUAGCAUUGAAAAUAAAUCGGAGAAGGAGCGAAAACCAGGGACGCUGAAAAGAAAGAUGCCAGAGAAGCCGACUGAGGAGGAGGUAGAGCCUAAGAGAGAUGAGGCGCAAUUACCUAAACCGAGAGGAAGAAGACCAGGAAUCCAUAAUGGGAAGACACUGGUGAAGCUGAAGACACAUAGCGAUACUCUUCCUACUGCAUCGAUGCAGAAUACCGGGAGUAGUAGUAUUAAUAAACCAGAAAAAAAGAAGAGAAAACCAAGCACUUUGAAUAGGACACAAGAGAAGUUGACUAAGCAGGACGUAGGAAAUGGAAGCAAUGGGAUGCAAUUACCAAAAACGAGAGGAAGACGACCAGGAACACUGAACUGGAAGACACUAGAGAAGCUGGUGGAGCAAAGUGAUACUCUUCCUACUUUAUCAAUGCAGAAGACUGGGGGUAGUAGUGUUGAAAAUAAAUCGGAGAAGAGGGGGAGAAAACCAGGGAUGCUUAAUAGAAAAACACUGUCUGUGCUUGGUCAUACUCUUCCUACUCUAUCAGGGCAGGAGGCAGCUUGUUCUAAUUUUGAGAGGCAACCAGAGAGAAAGGUGAGAGGAAGAAAAGCAGUAACACUGAACAGUAUGUCCCUUGAGAAAUGUAAAGUGCUGAAAUCUGAGGUUAUGAAAAAGAAAGCUGUUGGUGAUGUGGUUCCUACUGGGAAAAUAAAUCAACGUUGGGCGAUAGGUUUUUCUAAUGGCAGGAAGGAACGUGAGAAAAACAAGAUGGACAAACUACCAGUUAGGUUGACCAGGAGGAAGUGGCAUAAAUGUGGAAUGUGUGAGAGGGCAAAUGAGCAGGAUGCACUUUGUACUGGGAUGAGUGUGCAAGGAAAGGUGCUAGGUUGUAAUAAUGACAGCGAGGAUCCAGAGGCAAAGAGAAGAAGAACAGAAAACAAAACCAGGACAGCAGUGAAGAGACGUGCGCUGGUUAAAAUGGGGAAAAGACUGGUUGCUGUCAAUGAUUCUGUUGAUGGCACCAUCAUACAAGAGCGGGUGUUAGAGGACAGCAGUGAUAAGAAAGAACAUGUGAGAAAGAGAGGAAGAACAGCACGAUUCCUGAACAAGAAGAAAUUGGAGAAUUUAAAAGGGAUGCCUUGCCAUCGAGUAAAAGGAAAAGGAAGUAUCUGUCCUUAUCCAUGUGGAACGGUCAAAGAAAUAUUAAAAAAAAUACGGACUACAGUACAUGGACAACUCGGGAUGUCUGUAUGUGCUCCUGUUUCAACACUGAAGAAGAAGCAAAUCAUUGAGAAACAAAAACAACAAAAAAGCAAAAAUCAAUGUUGUUCAAAGGCUUGUCAUCCUCCAGGUUUACCAAAUCCCACAGUAAUGUUUCCCAAUUGUGACAGCCUCCCUAGAAGACAGACCAAAAAAGUAACCGAGUCAAAAAGUUUGGUGUCUGUUAAAAAAGCAAACUUGGAGCAAUUGGUCUCUACGGGUGACAUUGCAGCAACGUGUAGCACAAGUAUUUCUGCAUUAAAAAACUUUGGUUUGGAAAUCACUUCUCAACAGAAAAUACAAAAUCAAAGGAAAAGGUUGGUUAGGGGGAAAAUUGACUUUGAAAAAAGACCAAGAAAAGGGACCUUGCAACGUUCAGGUGCUGAUGCAGCUGAGAAAGAUAAAGACCUCCAAUGUAAUGUACAACAUACAGGAGAUGAUUUUUGUGAUAGUACUUUGCAGGAAGAGUCAAACAAUAAUUCUUGUAUGCCUGUAAAUUUCGAUUUAUUAGAUGAAGGUCUGCAACAGAACACAUUUCAAAGAUAUGAUCCUUCCGGUUUUUGGAGUAGUUGGCGAACUUCGCCAUAUCUUGUUUCAGAAGAGGAACAUAGUAAUACCUCUCUUUCAAGCAUGCAUUCCCCUUUUACAAGUAUGUCUCCUUAUUUAACACAUUCCCAACUACCUGAAGUUGUGGCCGAAAACAUUUCAUGCCAACGCGUUGAACCAUUUACAGGAAAAACUGUAUGGAAAUGUACUUGCGCUCGAACCAGCGUUUGGACUUUUUCACAUAAAAGACAUGACGAUAAAAAUACAGAGAUUAAUGCAGAUGAUCAAUCUCUGAAUUGGAGGACAGAAAAUGACAGUGAAACUCUAUGCAAAAAGAGAAAGUUGGAUUUUCCGUUAGACGAUUUAACACCAGCUCCUGAAUUGGAAGAAUUUAUUAGCAGCUCAUGUAGUGAACCCUUUUUACAUGAACAUGAAAAAGAUAAUCAAAAUCAUCCCAUUUUGGAGACACCAUCUAAAACGUUUACUGUCGCAAAAAGAAACCGAAUUAUAAAACUAAAGCUGCCAACUUUCAGGUAUCCUUUAACACAUGGAGUUGAUAAGGAGCCAAAUUUGAACUCUGUUUCUUUGUUAAAUGUUAAAGAAAACAGUGACAUGUUAUACUGUAGCCCUCCAAUUCUGGACUAUUUUAGCAAAGUUUUACCAAGUGAAACACAUUCUUCCCCAUCCAGUGGAAGUAAUUCAAAUUUUGGUGAGAGAUUUCUCAGUAAAGAUUAUGCUUUACUUUAUGCAAAUGCAAGUGAUGCUAAUUCAGAACUUGAGCAAUCACCAGGAUAUAAACUUGCAUUGAAUGACAACUCAUCUGAUGCAUUAAAUGAUGCCACAUCUGUUGCCCCGAGUAACGCCACAACUGUUGCCCCAAGUGAUGCCGCACCUGUUGCUCCGAGUGAUACCGCAGCUGUUGCCCCGAGUGACGCCCCGCCUGUUGCCCCGAGUGACGCCCCGCCUGUUGCCCCGAGUGACGCCCCGCCUGUUGCCCCGAGUGACGCCCCGCCUGUUGCCCCGAGGGACGCCCCGCCUGUUGCCCCGAGGGAUGCCCCGAGUGAUGCCCCGAGUGAUGCCCCGCCUGUUGCCCCGAGUGACGCCCCACCUGUGGCCCCGAGUGACGCCCCGCCUGUUGCCCCGAGGGACGCCCCGCCUGUUGCCCCGAGGGACGCCCCGCCUGUUGCCCCGAGGGACGCCCCGCCUGUUGCCCCGACGGACGCCCCGCCUGUUGCCCCAAGUGACGCCCCGCCCUAUGCCCCCCCGCCCUUUAUCCUGUUUGACGCCAUGCCAUUUGCCCUGUUUGAUGCCACACCCUUUGCCCUGAUUGAGGCCAUGCCCUUUGUCCUGAGUAAUGCCACACCCAGUAGGCUAAGUGACAACACACCCUUUUCCCUGAGUGAAGUUGCACCCUUUGUCCUGAAUUACAUUGCACCCUUUGCCCCAAAUGACUUCGCUCCUGGUUUCCCGAGCAACACGGCACCUAGCUCCUCAAGUGACGAUACACCUAAUGAGCCGAGUGACGCUGCACCCGAUGAGCCGAGUGACGCUGCACCCGAUGAGCCGAGUGACGCUGCACCCGAUGAGCCGAGUGACGCUGCACCCGAUGAGCCGAGUGACGCUGCACCCGAUGAGCCGAGUGACGCUGCACCCGAUGAGCCGAGUGACGCUGCACCCGAUGAGCCGAGUGACGCCGCACCCGAUGAGGCGAGUGACGCCGCUCCCGUUGCCUUUUUUGGCUGUUUGAAUGAAGAGAGAAAAUCCUCAAGUGACACCGCACCCGAUGAGCCGAGUGACACCGCACCCGAUGAGCCGAGUGACGCCGCACACGAUGAGCCGAGUGACGCCGCACCCAUUGCUUUUUUUGGCUGUUUGAAUGAAGAGAGAAAAUCCUCAAGUGACGCCGCACCCGAUGAGCCGAGUGACGCCGCACCCGAUGAGCCGAGUGACGCCGCACCUGAUGAGCCAAGUGACGCCGCACCCAAUGAGCCGAGUGACUCCACACCCGUUGCUUUUUUUGGCUGUUUGAAUGAAGAGAGAAUAUCCUCAAGUGACGCCGCACCCGAUGAGCCGAGUGACGCCGCACCCGAUGAGCCGAGUGACGCCGCACCCGUUACUUUUUUUGGCUGUUUGAAUGAAGAGAGAAUAUCCUCAAGUGAUGCCGCACCCGAUGAGCCGAGUGACGCCUCGCCCGGUUCCCCGAGUGACGCCUCGCCCGGUUCCCCGAGUGACGCCUCGCCCGAUUCCCCGAGUGAUGCACCUGAAGAUGAUGUCUUGAUUAUAGAUGUUAUUCCAGAUGAUCCAGAUCUUUUUGGCUGUUUGAAUGAAGAGAUAAAAUGUCCACAGUUUUGCAGUGCUGCUAAUCUUGUACCAAAAGAGAAUGCAUUGAUGAGGAACAUUCUACCGGAACCAAUAUCUCCUGAGCAUGACAGUAUUGAUUCACCAAUGGAGAUUUGUACUCAAGAGAAUACUCCAGUACUAAACUGCUGCUUGUUUGGGCAGGACCAGAAGGUUUCAGGAAAUAGAUGGAAUUGGACACGUGACUUAAACUCAUUCUCUGAAGGGCCUGGGAGACCUGAACAUCUCACUGAGCUGGAAGACCAAGACCCCCUAGAACUACCAAACCAGGAAAGUUCUAAAUUGAUCAGCCAAACCGAAAAGCUAUCUGGGGGAGGUGAGCACAGGCUCCCUCAGAAUCACUUUUGCUUGCAGACAGAACCUGCACUGAAUGAAACUCGUCUCCAGUGGAUGCACAAUUUUCAUAGGAAAGAAGAGUCUCCACCAGAUGUAAUGAUUCCAGACAGAUGGGAGAAUUGUACAUGUGAAAACAAACUUAAUUGCAAGCCAUUACAGCAUAUUAGGCUGCCACUUGGAUACUGCAGGUUUUUCUUCUGCUCCCCAUUUGGCUGCUAUAAAGCACAGUGUCCUUUUUUGCAUGUGCCUAAAGAAAGUGAUGAGAAGCUAUGUAUGGAUUUGUUGCGUUUAAUGAUAAAUGAAAAUCGUACAAGUUUUAUACAACGUGCAUUUUUGGUAUUCAAAGAGUACUACAGCAAAUAUCUACACCGAAUGAAUUUUGAUGAAGGUGUUUUCAAUGCUCUUCUUGAUCGGUUGCUUAAACGGAGUUGGCGGCAAGAGGUUUUGCAUUUGUUAGAAACUGCAACAUCUGCCAAUAUUCUGCCUUCAGUAGAAAACAUCAUCAAAGUGUUUGAGCAUGUUGCAUGUUAUCGUGUUCAGGCAACGGUACCCAGUUUAAUGGGUAUCUUAAGCAAGUGUCUUGAUCUUGGAAUGAUACUUACAUUACCACAAAUGGACCAUAUAAUAGAAAUCGUCACCCAGCUCCCCAAUUCAAGAGGCGCUAUUAACUUCCUGCUAUCUGUGAAAUCAAAGAUUGAGGAGCAUCUUCCAAAGAAGAGUUUGGAGCAUUACUUGGAGGCAGCAAUGGGUGAAAUUGAGCAUUGUAAAGUCAACAGUGACUGGGUGAAACUAGGAACUUUAUGUGUUAAUAUCUGUACAGGACGUGAAAACCUAACAGAUUUAAAUAACUUUUUACAAUGCAUUGCUGAAGCUCUAAUGAAGGAGUCCAUUGAUGACAGACCAGACGUUCCUUAUUGUGAAUUUGCAGACACAAUAUUCAAACACCCUCAGCUUAAUGAACUGCACAUAAACAUUGUGGGAAGAAUUGGAAUUUCAGUCAUGUUCUUCUAUUACAGGAAAGAACUUUGGCUAAAGGGAAGAAGAGUGCUGUACAAAUUCCAUGAGCUGAAGAUUAAUUACAAGGUGUUAAAGGGGAUCACUGGUCUUGAAAUUGUUGCCUCACGAUGUGCAAUUGUAAACGUUGCUGUGGAGAUUUUUCUUAUGUGUGGAAGACUAAACAGUGCAGUGCAGACGUUAAGAGAGUGUGAUUGGAAUAUACACAGUGCAGUGUGGCCCUGUGACCAGAUGGAUGUUCUGAAGCGUCAUAGCUUGCUUUGCAGUAUUGUGCAGGAAGCGUUGUGUAAAAGUAUGUACAGCAUGUGCUAUGAAGUCCUUCAAAAUCUACCUGGUUUUAAGGAAUCCCAAGCUGAAUUCAAUGUUUCCCAAUACAAUUUGCUCUUUAACAAAGUGUUGAAUUGUGCAGUGUCAAACCGGAGUCUGAGCAUAUCUUCCUCCAUUGUAGACUUCAUGGUUUUAAAGAAAAUACCAAUAGAUUAUAUCAACCUGCAAGAAUUAAUCACAGCACUUGGACACAGUGGUCUUUGGCGUAAAGCAAGGGAUCAUUAUAAGCGUGCUUUAUCAUUGGGCUUCUACCCUCCCUUGGAUGAACAUGUGAAUAAUACAAUCCUUUACAUUCCCUCUUUAAUGUCAGCAAUAGAGAUGCUUUUAACAAUUGAACGUUUCAUGGUAUCAAAUUCUAGCAUCAUUCAGCCCCCAGGUGGAUGCAGCCAAAAUCUGCAGAUUAUUUUAAGAAAAAUCUUCAGCAAGGAAGAGGACAGUUCUAAAGAUAAAGACAACUACCAUGCCGCAUCGGAAAGAUUAUUGGAAGCCAGCAGGCUUUCAAGUCCCAGACUUUUCAUAAAGCACUUGACUGUAAAUAACCGCAAUGAGCAGGUUUACACUCUAGACCACAACUGUUGUGUUAAGUGGCUGAACGGGAACAGGAAUUGGGCUUUGAAAGUCUGGAGUUAUCAUUAGCUCCAUCUGAACAAGCAAAUAUAUUAUGCAUAUAUUUUUUUUUGUCAGAAUUGUAUUCAUUGUUAAAUAUUUUGAAUCUAAUAAAAGGACAAGAACAUUCCGUUUAA